GAGCGCGGCGCCUCCUUCCAUACAGUAGGUCCUUCGUGGGUACAACUCUCGCAACUCAGCCAUGGCGCUCCUUCUGUCGGUACUUGUGGCGUGCAUCGGGGCCGCCCUCAGCUCCGUGCACCCACCAGCCUACGGCCACCCACACCCCCCCGCCUACGGCCACCACGCCCCCGCCUACGCCCACUCCUACUGCGACCCCACCGCCGCCCCCGCCUGCGCCGCCAACUCCACGCUCUCCUACUGCCUCGAGGACCCCGAGUACCCCGAGUAUGAGAUCAAGGGCGCCAUCAGCGCCGACCACAUCUUCGCCAAGAAGUACGCCGACGUGGCCGACCAGUCCGCCGACGACCUGGUGGAGACGGUGGCCAAGAAGCAGGAGGAGGCCUUCGACUACUCCUACUACACCGGCGCCUCCACCGGCGCCUCCCCCUACGACGUGACCCACUGGGCCGGCCCCGAGGGCUACAUCUGCCCCUCCGACGUGGCCUACGCCAGGCCCCGUCGCGCCCUCAACGUGGAGGGCAAGUGGCGCGUCAUCGUCAACGACGUGCACUACUACACGCAGACGGCGCGCCUGGAGACCUGCCUGUUCCCCGAGGCCGCCUGCCGCGCCCUGGCGCCCUGCUACAAGAGCCACUGCACGCAGAAGUACGUCUACCACCGCCUCCUCUCCUUCGACCCCUGCGACCCCUACAAGGGCCUCUUCAUCGACAUCUACAAGCUGCCCUCCGCCUGCUCCUGCCACAUCCCCGCCUAAGCGCCGCCCCGCCCCAGCAGGCAAAUUGUAAGACCCUACCGGAGCCGAGAGAGCCCCGAUGGCCACGACGCAAGUACCGACACGCACUGUAACCUUCCCCCGGCGAUCAAGAGAAGCCCCGAGAUGACUUGAGAACUGCUUUCUUCACGUGCCACGCCGCCACCACCAUCGGCCACCCCAGGAACUCCCGGGACGCUCCCAACGCCACUCUCCCACCCCUCUUUUCACUCAUUUCCUUCCCUUCCCCACCAAGAGCCACGCUGAACAACACCAAGCGAGAGAGUUGUACUUUUUAAUAAAUAUUUAUGAAUUUCA